AGAGCCUCAUUCGCUUUGCUUUGAGGGGAAGCCGGGCGCGAGAACUAGCGUCGAACACCCGGAGCGGGCGCCGAGAACCUCGGGGGCUUUGUGUGAAAACGAUUCAAAAGCGCGUAGUGUCACAAGCGUGGCGUAAUAGGGUCGACUAGCCUCUGUUGCUAACGUAGCUUUCUUCCAGUCAACUUAGCAAGUACGAAAGGUUAGCUUGUAGCAUCACGCCGCUGGCUCCAAAAGAAGACGGCGAAAAUGAAUGAUGGCCAUCAUGAUGCACUUGAGAACAUGGUCAAAAGUUUUCGGGUCUCCGACCUGCAGACGCUGCUGGCCUCCAUGGGUCGCAGCAAGAGCGGUUUGAAGCACGACCUGGUGGGCCGGGCGCUGAGGCUGGUCCAGACGGAGUACAGCCCCGAACUGCUCAAGAACGUACGACAGCUCUACGAGUCACGCUUCCCAAGAACGUCCACCUGGCUGGCAGCACGGCGUCCGGAGGGCAUCCCCGUUUCCUACUCGUCGCUCAGCUCAGCUCCGUCUGCCACUUCUCAGGGUGUUGAAUACCUCAACGGCAUCUCUAAGCCAAUGGCCACCCCCGCGCCGGAGGUCAAGCUGGUGCCGCUGCCCUUCUAUCAGACUUUGGAAACACUGCUGCCGCCAACGGAGCUCAUUGCCCAGAAUAAUGAGAAACUGCAAGACAGUCAGUGCAUAUUUGAGUUAACACCAAGUCAAGCAGACCAAAUCAGAAACGCAAGUGAAAUUCGCCCGGGAAUUAGAUCGAUCCAGGUGGUGCUUAGAAUAUGCUACACAGAUUCCAUUGGGGUUCAAGAGGACCAGUAUCCUCCCAACAUCGCUGUCAAAGUCAACCAGUCUUACUGUCAUGUCCCGGGCUACUACCCCUCUAACAAGCCCGGCGUGGAACCUCGCCGUCCUUGUCGCCCUGUAAACAUCACUCCCUGGUUACAUCUCUCCAGCGUCACCAACAGAGUCACCGUCACUUGGGGAAACUUCGGCAAGCGAUAUUCUGUGGCGGUGUAUUUAGUGAGGAUGUUCACUGCCUCGGAUCUCUUCAGCCAGCUCAAACUAUGCUCCGUUGAGAGUGCAGAGCGCUGCCGUGAGCGCAUUCAAGACAAGCUACGUUUUGACCCAGAGAGUGAGAUUGCCACAACAGGCCUCAGGGUUUCUCUCAUUUGUCCACUGGUGAAGAUGCGCAUCGGUGUGCCAUGUCGAGUCCUAACCUGCGCCCAUCUCCAGUGCUUCGACGCAGUCUUCUUCCUGCAGAUGAAUGAGAAGAAGCCCACAUGGACCUGUCCCGUCUGUGACAAACCGGCACCCUUUGAAUUGCUCACUAUUGACGGGUUGUUGUCUGAGAUCCUAAAAGAAACGAGCGAGGAAAUCGAGGAGAUUGAGUACCUGACGGACGGCUCCUGGCGACCUAUCAGCGAUGACAAGGAGAAAGAAAAGGAAAGAGAGCGCAGCGACACGCCGGAAUACUCGAUGGUUGAUAUGUGUGUUCCGGAGACGAACGGCCACUCGCCGGCCCACAGCAGCACCAGCCUGUCCGGCAAGUCCGGCGGCGGCACGGCGGCGCCGGCCGUCGUCGGGGCAGGAGGGCCCGCCGCGCCGCCGGGGGGCGUGGUGGUGGAUCUGACUCUUGACUCGUCCUCUGAGGAGGAAGGGGGCGGGGCCGGUGGAGACAGCGAGGACACUGAGGACAGCGCCGACAGCCCAGCCCCCAAGCGAGGGCGAUACAACUACGACAAGGACUUGGUCACAGCGUACUGACCCUCCACCCCCUCCCCCUCCAGCUACUCGUCAAUCCCCCUCACCCCCACCCCACCUUGUGGACUAGACUAAGGAGGGCUCAAAGCACGGCGCAGUAAUACACUAGACGGUGACCUUCCAUCAUUAAGUCUUUUAGCAGCAAAAGAGUCUUUUAGCAGCUCCACACACGCACACACCUCCAGCUCUAGUGUCGGUAGGAUCCCCGUUUGUACUCGACUCAACCACCGGAAGCCGACCCGACCCGACCCGUUUUGGCUUAACCAUCAUAUGAUCGAUUCCUCCCGAACCCUCUUCCUCCUCCACCAUCAACACCUACAAUUCUUUCACUUGACAGACUUCUUUGUCUUUAUAUAUUUACAAGGAAGGAUAGGCUCUUAACGCUGCUGUGCGUUUGAAAUUUCGGCACGUUUGUGGUGAAUUAGGGGCUGUCUAAGCAACGUCAAAGUUGGGGGGAAUCAAAUGGCAAAAAGAAUAAUUUAAACGUGACGCAAACCUCUCCCAGUGACUUUCUUUCUUUGUCAGGAUUUGAUCUAUUAUCUAAAAGUAAAGAACAAUGGCCUAGAUAUGUGGUGCGUUCCAUUUCCUGAGUUAUUUUGCCCUUUUCAGAUUGAAAAAAAAAAAUACAAACGAAAAAAACUACCUCAGUCAUUACACACUCAGCAGACUGAUCAGAACAAGCAUUGGACAGACGUCCUGACGUCCAUUUUACACUGGAGACUUUAUGUAUAUUUAAAUUUCUUUAUUUCUAUGCAGUUCCAUCUGGCUUCUGACUUUUAAGAUCCCGCUCCGAGGAAACGCUCGAAGUACGACAGCCGUUGCUGUACAGCCAGCGGACGAGAAGCCACUCGAGGGCUCGGUUUGUUCCCCUUUGACGCGGAAGUCAUUCUAAAUUAUUCACAAAGGCUGUUAUCCUCUCUCCCCUCGCCGCAUUUGUCCUAUCGCUUCGUUCGGUUAUUGAAUCUUUGCGCGCGGUUUUAUCAUCGACAUCCCCGCUUCACAGAGACUUUUGUUUUCCGCUGGGUUUAAAAUGACUAAUCCAACGUGUCUGUAAAUACGUGGGAACGUGUCGUCUACCCACAAUCCUCCAGUGCGAUUUAGGUCACGCCCUCCCAUUCGCUGGGAUGGGACGGUUUUCAUUUUGGGACCCAUCACUUGGUUUGCUGGAGCCGUUUGCACGCAUUUUGUUUAUGACUAUAAAGCCAUUGUGUGAUGAUGAUCCAUCCAAACUCGCCACAGUACAAGGACCAGGAAAUAGCGAAUGUCGGUGUCUUGUUUGCGCUUAAAACGGUAAUCUUUGUUGACAACCUUUGCGGCUUGGAUUUUGGUUUUCGGUCGAGUGAAAUCUGGUCUUCCGACUCGUUUUCUCACCACCACGUCGUCGUCGUCUGUCUCCAGGUUGUUCUUUGAAGUCCCCCCGGGUUCAGGUUUGCCUCUGGAACUGAGCCAGAUGUUGUUUUGGGGUGAGGAUAUGGGGUGUGAGGAGCAGAGCGUCUGGUUCUGACUAUACAGUAUGUUGUGGCAUCUCUUACGGUAAAUGCAUAAGGUAGCAUGGACUGAUGCGUACAAUCCAUGAUGUAAAUGUUUUUUGUUUUUGUUGUUUUUUUAUAUGUUCAUAUUAAAAGACAAUAAAAGUUAAAUGAUAUUUUA